UCCCACGCGUAUGAGACGUAAGACGUUUAGCGGAUGCUUUCUGUCAGUGUGGAGACCUAGAAACCGUCGUUCCUCUUGCUGCAUCCCUGCAUUUGUAGACUAAACUGUCUCACUUUGUUGCAUCUGUGUCUAACGAGGUGCGAACCCCGGAGGAGCUGCCACCCUCCUCUUCCUCCUCUUCCUCCUCCUCCUCCUCCUCCUCCUCCUCCUCCUCCAUCUCGUCGUGGUGCAGCAGCAGCCAGCGCGGUGAGUGCGUCCUGCAGCAGCAGCAGCAGCAACGGCACCUGUCGUUUCAGGACGGGCUAAUAACUGCCUCAGGAGUAGAAACAAGGUAGAAACGACGCUGGGGAUCCCUAAAUACCGAUGGCUUCAUGUGUAGAUAUUUGCGCCUCUGAAAAUUACGCAUCGAGCCCUUGAUGCUGAAGCGUGGUGAGGCUGAGGGGAGCAAUUUCACUGCAUCCCUCUGAAGGCACAUACACACCUGCAGAAAUCGUGGAGCCUUUUGGAUACAAGCUCUUCACAGGAAACAAUGAGAGGCUGCCUGCUGCCUGCAAUCUUUCUGCUGCCCUUGGUGGCUUCAGAGUCUGAGCACUGUAUAAUAAAGCGUGAACAUGAGAAGUGCAUGGAGAGGAUCGCAAUGCACAACCCAGAUGGCACAGAAUUCGCAUGUGAGUGGAUGUGGGACAACCUGACCUGCUGGCAGGCGGCCAGUAUUGGAGAGGUUGUGGUGGUCAACUGUCCAGAGCUGUUUCAUGACUUCAUGAGCCCUGAAGAUGAAAUGGGGAAGAUCAGUCGUAACUGCACCGAGGACGGCUGGUCUGAGCCUUUCCCUCACUACGUGGACGUCUGCUUCUUCUACGACAACACGACCAAACCUGACAUGUACUACGCCUCAGUCAAAGCUCUGUACACAGUCGGGUACAGCACAUCGCUGGUGUCUCUGACCACAGCUAUGGUCAUUCUCUGCAGGUUCAGGAAGCUCCACUGCACCAGGAACUUCAUUCACAUGAACCUGUUUGUGUCCUUCAUCCUGAGAGCCAUCUCAGUGUUUAUCAAAGACGGCGUGCUGUACGCUCAGGAGGACAGCGACCACUGCUUCGUACACACAGUGGCGUGUAAAGCGGUGAUGGUUUUCUUCCAUUACUGCGUCAUGUCCAACUAUUUCUGGCUGUUCAUUGAAGGUCUGUAUCUCUUCACUCUGCUGGUGGAGACUUUCUUUCCUGAGAGACGCUAUUUCUACUGGUACACCAUCGUAGGAUGGGGAACUCCCACCAUUUGUGUGACUGUCUGGGCAGUUCUGAGGCUGCAUUUUCAUGACACUGGGUGCUGGGAUACAAAUGAGAACACUGCCCUCUGGUGGGUGAUCAAAGGACCAGUGGUGGCCUCCAUAAUGAUCAAUUUCGUCCUCUUCAUUGGAAUUAUAAUCAUCCUGGUCCAAAAACUGCAGUCUCCUGAUAUCGGAGGGAACGAGUCCAGCAUUUAUCUCAGCUGUGCUCAGAAAUGCUUCAGUGAGCCCACACAGGCUGUUCAACAUUCGUGCAGGAUGUCAGAGUUAUCCACCAUCACACUGCGUCUGGCGCGCUCCACCCUCCUGCUCAUCCCCCUGUUUGGGAUUCACUACACUGUGUUCGCCUUCUCGCCCGAAGAUGUCAGCAAGAGGGAGAGGCUGGUCUUUGAGCUGGGGCUUGGAUCUUUUCAGGGCUUUGUGGUAGCUGUCCUCUACUGUUUCCUCAAUGGAGAGUUUCUCCCUGAAGGUGCAGUCGGAGAUCAAGAGGAAAUGGCGCAGCUGGACGGUGAACCGGUACUUUGCUGUGGACCUGAAGCAGCAGAGGCACCCUUCGUUGGCCAGCAGUGGAGUGAACGGCGGGACUCAGCUGUCGAUCCUCAGCAAGAGCAGCUCCCAGAUACGAAUGUCCAGUCCACUGGCGGAGAACGCCAACAUCAGCCUCCCGACCUGAGCGUCUGAUUGGCCGGAGUCAGCUUCAAGGUGCCGUUCCACUUACGUACUUUAGACCAAUCAGAACAGACCAAAGUGGCCCCUCACACUUCCUCUAUUUGGUAGUUUGGCCUUCAGAAUAUUUCUGAAAGCAUCCACUGAAGGUGCACAGCUAGCUUUCAUAUUUUAUCAUUUAAUUUGAGUCAUUACAUUUUACUAUUUUAGAGCUGCAAUUGACUCUGUAUGUGAUUAAUGAUGCACUUAUUUUUAGAAACUUGAACGUUGCAUUCAGCCCUUUUAUUGUUUUAGAAAUGAAUAAUAUUAAAAUAGAACUGGUGCCAAAAGAAACACUAUUAAUUUAGAAAAAAAUAAAAUAAAAAUCAAUACUUCAAUAUAAAAUGUUGGGGCCACAUUUGGCUGUUGGUGUAAAGUAAAUGUGCUUCAAAGUGCCCUGCAGGUUGCCUGACUGGAUCUCAUUACAGUCUAGAGUUAAAUAUCAACCAAACGUUCGCCUUGCUUGUACAAAUGCUCAUUGUUUAAAUGUUUCAUCUUGAAUUUAAACAUUUUUCUACAAUCAGCCGUAAGUACAGAGUAUGUCAAAAUAUAUGUAUGAAAAGAAAACAACUCAUGGAUUGUGUAAAUAGUUACUUUUGGUGUCUAGAUCAGAGUUUCUUUUGUUAGCAUAACGCAGUGUUGUAAUGACCUUUUCAAACAAAAGGAACUGGAGCCCAAAUCUGUAGACUUCAUCACAUAUCCUGAGGACCCAGAAGAUCCUGCCCACUCUAUUCUGGACUUGUUCAUAUGAAAUUAAAAAAAUAAAGAUACAUAUAAAAACUUAAAUGAAUGAGCACUGAACAGCAGUGUUUCCCAACCUUGGAGUCAAAGAUGAAUCAUGAGAAGUUCCAUGCAGCGUGCACAUUGUAUGCCUUUUUUCUUGUAAAAUAAAAGAGCGUUUCGCAUUUUAGGCCGAAAAUAAACUAUGUGAAGGUAGAAUCACUUGUGUUUUCGGUGAAGCGUUGUUGUUUUGAAGGGUGACAAAUCAUAAAGGUUGGGAAACGCUGCUGUAGAGGACCUCACAGUACGCAAGAGAAAUAAAAACGCUCUCUGAAGUGAUUUAUCCUCCCAGCUUGAGCCUUUAGCUGCACUACACUAGUCUCCAGCUGGCUUUUCCUUUUCACGGACAUGUGUUUGCAGGCUGUGAACAUUAGUAUUACAUGUGCCAUUUAGUGGUAGCUUUUGGCCAAAGCUCUUCAUAGUGCCAAGACAUCAUACGUACAGUAUUUUAUUGUAGACGGUGAGAACAACACCAUCCACAUGCUCUUGAAGAUACCAGGACUCUAUCGUGUUCUCUUUCCUCUGAGCUCAAACCCAUUGUGCCAUAUUGAACUGAUCUGCAUCUGAUUUUUUUAACUGAUCAUCUCCUACAUUCAUAUUCCAAAGUGCCUAGUCAGUCAGAAAUAGUUCUCACUUUUAUUUACAGUACAGUGAGCGGACAGUUUAAACGGUGUAGUACGAGUCAUUUACUUGCAAAGAAUGUACAGAGACGUGUGUUUUAUUGUGGAUGACAAAAUUAUGCUUCUUCUUUGUGUGCAACAGAACUCCAUUGGUGAAAUUCUGCUUUUUGUCAUUUGUAUAUUUGACACAUAAUGUGUUGAUUUUUUUUCCCCCAGUUGAAUUACUGGUUUAUCCAUUCAAACAACUCAGCAUCAAACACAUUUACUGCUUCAAAACAGAAAUCAUAAAUGUUUUAACAGUCAAACCCAAAAUGCUUUAAUGUGCCAGCUCUUGACAAUCGUAGAGUGAUGCUCAUUUUUCAUUUUUUCUUGCUGCACAAACAAAGCUAAUAAACAAUAAAUCAGUGGGGCAGUUAUUUAUUAAAGCUAAAUGUCAAAUGAUGUGUACAGAAGGAUUUAUCCACCAUAUUUACUUGAGAUAUUUAUUUUUUGGUACUGUCAUCUGCAUGGAUUAUAAGAAUGUAGUAUCUUCAAACAAUGAACUGAGGAUAUUGUUGAACAGAUAAGGAUGUAUAUUUAUUUUCGAGGAACUAGUGCCAUGUGAAAUGAUUAAAUGUACAGUAUACAUGCUUUUUUUCUGUGUAACAUAGUUGUAUGACAGAUGUGUGAUUUCAUUACAUUGACUGAUAUUGGCUUUCUUGGUCAAAGUGCCAUGAAUGUGGUGGAGAUGUGGCACAAUGUCUCUUUUGUGACUAACGAAAGACAAAAACAUGAACUGCUGUCCAAAGCUGCCAAAACAUAGACACAACCUCUAAAAAAACAACAACGAUUGAACAUUUUGUUUCAUGCAUCAUCUUGACUGCUUUUGGACAGAACAGUGAGUGAAUGUUAGACAAGAUACUAUCAAGGAAACAGGCUGAGAAGAUGAUUGUAUUAUAAAUAGGAAGGUUUGAACAUCUGCAACCGAUAAAACACAAAGUGUGUACAAGGGUGUGAUGAAAACCACUCUGCUGCUGCUUACGUGUUUCUAUCACCAGCCGUCACUCUGAGUCUGAAUCAGCUCAGAUGGAAACGACCAUGUGUCAAAGCUGUUACUGUCUGUGAAAAAAAGAAGAGGAACGCUCCUCACUAGACGUGUCUGUACUGUGUGUUUGUCUUGUCUACCACAAGGUGGCGGCAGAGUUUGAUGAUAGGGGAAUUGAGGCAUUAAUAUGCCUUAUUAUUAUUAUUGUUUACAUGUAUCUUUGUGACUUUCCUUUACAUGAAUCAAACAGCAAGCCUGCAAUUGUGUACAUAAGGCCUGAUGCGACCAUUGAAAAUAAUGUAAAAGCUGGUGAUUUACUUCCCUCAACCCCCUUUUUUUUAAACUCUUCACUUUAAUUUCAAAACAAACUGUGAACUGCCUGAAUUUAAAAACUUUUACUGUGAGAUGGGAGGAAAUUUGAAGAGUUAGUUGCACUUUAUAGAACUACAGAAAAAUCAAGCACCGUUGCUUUCACACCUUUCCUCACAAACACUUCCUCUUGCACUUUUUUUUUUGCACUUUUUUUUUGCGGUACAGUAAUACAAUGACCAUCCUUAAUGUAUCAAAGAAAAGCCCUCCACAUGUUUUCACAAAGCAUUUUGACCUUUAAGGAAACUUAUUGACUUUCUUGCUGAGAGAUAAAUAAGAAGAUUGACACCACUCUCUAUGUGUAUGCUACAUCUGGAGUCAAGCCAGCAGAAUGGUUACUUAGCAUCUCAUAGAUAAAGGUGUUAGAAGGGAAACACCUCUGAAGCUCAUUUUGCUUUCAAUAAGUAAAAUGGAAAGACUUUUUUAAAAAUUAAUGUAAAAUAACAAGAAGAAAACCUUUGGAAACUCAACUAUCAGACUAAUUUGCAAACACCGGAAGGUUUUUUUUUGUUUGUUUGUUUUUUUUUGUUUUUUUGUUUGACAAAAAAAAGACAGUGAUACUUGGUUUGCAAAGAAAUAAACCAUGGGCUGUGUUUGAUUGGUUUUACGUUUUUUUGAUUCAGUCACCUGAAACUUUUUUUUCAUUCACGGGCAAGUCUUUGGAAGUAUAAAUGGCUGUUAGAUUCAAAUAAACCACAGUGUGUCAUUUUACAAUCUGUUUUGUUUACAGAUUAAAUAAACUAUAUACAUUUUGUCAAGAUGCUAAUAUCCACUAGCUAGCAGUUUGCCCACUAGCUAAUAGCAGCUAUCUACUAUCUCUGUUUCCCUUUGCCAGAGUACCACCUAGCUAGCUAAUUAGUUAGCUAAUAUCUACUCUGUGUUUUCCCUAUUUUGAGUAUUAAUGGUGUCCAUCUUCUUACAUCUCAGCAAAAACAACGUGUCAAAGUCAUGUUUAAAUUGUAACUAUUCUCUCUGUGACAUAUCUCUGUGCUUAAACGCCAUUUCUCUGGCGUUUGUGCCUGUUGAGCUGGUUUUAUCAAGUUCUGAGUGUAUGUGAGUUCUAUUGAUUGCCAAUGAAUUUUUGAAUGUACCGUUGUUGCUCAGCUGCUCUUAAAUGUUGCCUGCUGUCAAUUUGCCAUGGUGUACAAAUGAUGUCUUUUCUUUAUCAUAUAUGUAUAUUUUUUGGCGCACAGGUGAACCUCUUGACUACGACCUGUAAUGUUUGUGACUGUGUUUUUGUACAUUUAUGUUUAUGUACCAGUUUUCAGAGUGUAUGUGCGUUUGAAAGUUGGAGUGACUGUAUUCUGUAUGCAUGUGUAUGUAAUGACAAGCAUUCAUGAGGAUAUAAGUAACUUAAAUGUUAAAAAUAAAUAUGUAUAAACUUUCACCUGACUUAUGUUGUACCUGUGACAGUGCGUCAUGUGUAAUAAACGUUCUGGUGUCCAACAUUUAUGUCCCCAGUUGUGUAAAAUUGACUGCAAAAUAAAUCUGUGGUAUGUUGUUGUG